CAGCGAGACGUUGGAUCUGAUCUGUUUCUCCUACCAGUGAGCGAACGCUCUGUAGCCACUCACUCAUACUGUUUAUACUAGUAUCUAAGCAACAACACCAGAGCAGGGGAUUGAAGUGAAGGACGACGCACGAUAGCCGGUCAAAUCAUGGACAGUGGACUAUCCCCACCAAUGCCCAAUCCCCGUGUUUAUGUUGAGAGGACUUUUGCAAUGAUAAAACCAGAUGCUGUUCACAAAUUUGAUGAAAUAGAGGACAUCAUUCUUCAAGCUGGAUUCUGUAUAUUGCAAAAACGGCAGGUGCAACUGAGUCCGGAACAAUGCAGUGACUUUUAUGCUGAACAGUAUGGAAAGCUGUUUUUCCCAACUCUGACAGCUUUCAUGAGCUCUGGACCAAUCAUUGCCCUCGUGCUGGCCAGGGAACAGGCCAUUGCAGUGUGGAAGGUGCUGAUGGGCCCAGUCAACAGCUUAAAAGCAAGAGAGACACACCCUGAUUGCCUUAGAGCCAGAUAUGGGACCUCUGACAUUCGGAAUGCUGUGCAUGGCAGUGACAGUUUUUCUGCUGCAGAACGAGAGAUAAAAUUCAUGUUCCCAAAUUCCAUAAUCGAGCCCAUUCCCAUGGGCGUGGCAGGUAGAGAUUACCUCAGUAGAUACGUCAAUUCAGCUCUACUUACUGGCCUAACAGAACUUUGCAAGAGAAAACCGGCAGACCCUUUUACAUGGCUUGCUGACUGGUUGAUGAACAACAACCUAAACAAACCGAAAAUAAGCAUCGGUGGAACCCCUGCGUGAUCUCUGAUCACAUCCAUUUACCUGUGACUGCAUUGGUUCAUAUCGGAGUUUUGACUCGUAUGUAUGGAUGUCUGCAACCUUCCUACUGUACCUGAGACUACACUAACAUAUAGUAAUUAUUGAUUAAAGGUCUUGAAUAUCA